AACGCCAGUUAGAGUUUAGAGUUUUUUUUUUCCUAGAAAAACACGGUGGUGUAUGUGAAAUACGUUGGCAAUCGAUGUGCUGUGCGCCGCGUGGGUGCCGCUGUCUCUCUAGCAGCGUAUUACGAAAUAUUAUGGGAACAUUUACGGGGCUUCGUACUGCCUAUGCUCCUCGUAUGACGUGUCACUACCACUUGCCACCUUUGGCUGCGAUUUUUAGCGUCUCCUUUGGUCGUGCUGCUCGCUCUGUCUAUCUAGUGGUUGGUUUUUGAUUUGGUCAGGUUUUUGUCUUAAACAAACGAUUCUCUCCACGGAAACCAAUAUGCGUAGAAGCAUCAUUUUGUCCAACCUGUGUGUACGAUUUGCUAUGUGACUUUGUAAGCGGUGGUAAGUUCACCACAAAUGAGGCAUUAAAAAAGGCGAAGCCAAUUUACAUAAGCUCGUCUGCUGCUGCUGCCGCGGCACAUGAUGCCUUUACCGGUGGUUGGUCUAGGCUUUUACGGUGUUUUGUUUACUCGGCUGUUUUUUUUUGUUCUAUUCUUUUUGCUUUUUCCUUCCGGGGGGAGGGGGACUGCGGGAGAGCUGAACCAAGAGUGUCGCUGAACACCGGUUGGUGUGCAAAUAGUGCUCACGACGAAGUAAUUGCGUAAACAUUCUUAGCCAACCCACCAGCGCCGCGACCGUUGGUGGCUUUAUGUUGUGUAGAAGAAACCCCUCCUCAUCACUCACAUGGCCCGGCACCAGAUGCCCGCCUGCGAGCAGCAGCGUGAUGUGCAGUAUCGGUGACAGUGUCUUGUCGUGCGGAAGCUUCUUCGCGCAAGUGUUAAUCGACGGUGCGGCGGGUGCGUGAUCGGAAUUGAGCCAUAAGCAAUCGGCUGCAAGAAGAAGAGGAAAAAAAGACAUAACCCCUGUGCCUAGUGCUAAUUAAGAUGACACAAACAACGUUUUGAGAGUGUUUAGUGCCGUUACGAGGGUAACCAUAAAAGCUUCUUUGGGUUGAAUGGAAUAUUGAAUUUGAUUUUUUAAAUAUUCAGGGCAUCUAGUAUUCUAAGCUCGAACGUUGCUCAUUCACGUACACCGAACCAUGCACUCAGCAGAAUCUUAAUUUGUGAAAAAGAAAAAAUUAGAUAACUGAUAACGAAUUGACUUCCUAGAGACGCUAUUACGUCCAGAGACCAGGAAGGUCAAGUGAGCUAUUACCACGCUGACUAAACUUUCACCGAGCGCGUCGUUGUCGUUGAAGUGUGCGUGUCGCUUUGCUCCACAUGAUUCCGUUAUCUUAUCUCGAUUUCAACAACCGAUUCUGAUACCGGCCUCUAUGCGGAGAAGCAGCAGCAACAGCAGACCCAGUGCAGUGCAGUGACAUAUUAUUCGUGCAAUCGAGCGUCGAAGACACGCGCUGGUUCCGUGUCGUCAUAAACGGUCACUAUAUAGCAUCAUGGGGGGGCUGUGUUGCUGCGGUGCGUCAGACGACAGUAGUGUAGUGAAACAUACGGAAAAAGACGUGCAAGAUCCAGUGGAAAGUGAACCGCUUAAGUAUGAUCCGGAUUUUAAGGGACCACUCUCGAAACGCUCCUGUACUGAUCUGCCCUGUCUAUUCCUGUUCGUUGCCUUCCUGGUGGGAUGGGGCUUUGUUGCCCAUUACGCCGCACAGCAUGGAGACUUGAACCGACUUCUAGUGCCAACUGAUUCGUAUGGACUGAAAUGUGGUGUUGAUAGUGAGGUACGAGAUGAACCCUAUCUCAUGUUUUUCAACAUCAGCGAGUGUGCCAAAAUCGAUGUACCUAUCUACGGCUGCAAGACCCCUCAGGUCUGCGUUAAGCAAUGUCCGACCGAAGAUUUCGACUUUGGCUUAACAGGUUGUAGCUCUUCGAACCUUGCGGCGAUUCGCGAGAAGCUUAUCUGCGAGCAUCGCGUGAAGAAGAGCGAACUGACAUCCUGUGACCGGAUCCGUAACCUUAUCGAAGCUAACCGCUGUGCUCAGGGUUUCCAGAAGAGCACACCAUUGGCCAAACGAUGCAUAUCGAAUCUCCCAGAAACACAAUGCCCCUAUGUACCUCCCCGGUUGCUGCAAAUGCGGCAGCAGCAAGCAGGACUCGCCAAAGUGCAGUCUGCAGCCGAGCAUUGUGAUGAGCAGCGAGCGUUAGGACGUGAAAUUUUGGAAGAAAAAAUGGAAAAACUACAAUCCUUUCUGGCACGUUACGUCAAUAAUCUCAUAUCCGUUAUUACAAAGGACACUAGCGUCCAUCAGACGAGUCAAAUGGUUGUUGAAGAUGUGCUGGAAUCCUGGCGCAUGAUUCUCGUGUUUUUGGCGUGCUCGAUGAUUGCAAGUCUCAUCCUUAUAACGAUGCUUCGCUGGAUAGCGAAACCUCUCGUGUGGGUCUCGAUUAUCGGAGUCAUAACGGCGCUAAGUUACGGUGUCUACUAUAGCUUUACCGAGUAUCGAAAAAUCAGCGCAAAUCCGGUAGCAGCUCAUGUGAACGUGUCGCCCAAUUUAAGCUCGCUGGUGAGCUCCUGGUUUAAGUCGGACAGAACUUGGCUAUGGAUCCUGAUCGUACUGUCCAUCGUGCUAGUAGUACUGCUGCUUGUUGUGCUGGUUCUUCGCAAGAGAAUCGUCAUUGCAAUCGCCCUCAUAAAGGAAGGAAGCAAGGCAGUUAGUGCCAGCUUUUCGACUGUGUUCUUCCCAGUCGUACCCUGGAUUCUACAGGCGGGAGUGAUCGUAUUCUCUGUGGUGGUUCUGCUCUUCCUAGCAUCUAUUGGCGAUCCGGUCUACAGGGUAUCCGGGUUAAAUUCGUCUACAGCUUGUGUCUGUAGCAAUGGAUACAAAGAAGGAGACAUUUGCGAUCCUGGCGUGUUUAACGAGCAAUGCAGAGAUGUAAAAGCCGGAACCUACGAGCAAGCAAGAUGUGUCGAUGCGGCCUGUCAUUUCCAAAACGUUGACACUCCAACUAUUGUUGGGUACUUUCACGCCGUGAACGUGUUAGGAUUCUUUUGGUGCGUUUGCUUCGUUUCCGCAUUCAGCGAAAUGGUUCUGGCUUUUACUUUUGCUACCUGGUACUGGACUCGACCGAAGGCACGACUUCCCUUUUUCGUUCUAACGCGAGGCGUCACCCGCACGAUCUUCUUCCAUCUCGGCACAAUAGCGUUCGGUUCGCUGAUCAUUGCGAUUUGCAAAAUUAUUCGCGCCAUGCUCGAAUAUCUUGACCAUAAGCUGAAGAAGUACGAUAAUGGUGUGACGCGGGCGAUCCUGUGCUGUUGCCGCUGCUUCUUCUGGUGUUUGGAGAGUUUUUUGAAAUUCCUCAACACCAACGCUUACAUUAUGUGCGCUAUUUACGGGAAAAAUUUCUGCUCAAGCGCUCGGGAUGCGUUCGGUUUGCUAACGCGCAAUAUUUUGCGAGCAAUAGCGCUGGACAAGGUGACUGGAUUUUUGUUCUUCCUUUCAAAAUUGCUGCUGGCGUGCGGUAUGGCUGCCGUUACGUACACCUUCUUCGAUAGCGAUAUCCCAAAGACACCGCUCAAUUAUCCCUUCGUACCGGCAAUACUCGUGUUUCUCGGAACGUACAUCAUCGCAUCGAUCUUCUUCAGCGUAUAUUCUGUGGCUGUCGACACACUGUUCCUGUGUUUCCUGGAAGAUUGUGAGCGAAACGAUGGCAGUGCGGAACGUCCAUUCUUCAUGUCCAAAAGCUUACUAAAAAUACUUGGCAAAAAGCAACAGUCGACACGAAAUUAAUACCAAAAACAUACCGAAAAGGACCCCAUAUUUGAAUGGUUAUUUCUGUCAGGCACAAUCGAAAAUAAUAAUGUGGCGAUUUGCCAACAAAUUUAACUGAUAUUAAGGUAUGCACACAUAAUACCAAACCAUUGAGCGAUAAAGAUUAAGACUUCACCUUUUGAUACUAGUUUAUACGGAACCGCCGGUGUGAUAAGUGUGAGAUGAGGAUAAUAGUUUCUUCUAUUUGUAGAGCAGGUUAUCUACCGAAAGAAAGUACAGUAGGAGGAAGAGGGCGAGGGCGAGGGCGAUCAACAAAGCAGCGGUUAGAUACUGCAGCUAGACAGAACAUUCGUGGACACAAUCCAACAUGCUUACUUGCAACGACUACCUCUGAACCAUCGUUGUCUAGUGAGUUUUGCAAAAGUAACUUUUAAUAACUUAUUUUUGAAUAGAAACGAAUGGUAAAUGCACCUUGCAGCAACGGCGAAUGUUUAGUGUAUGAUGAAUGUAAAAGAAGCGAGCUGACGAAGGCCAAAAGUUCGAAUAUCAGCGAACCGCGCAGAUACAGGGAAACGCAGCGAGGUGAUCAUUACAGAUGUAAAGUUAUGUGCGUGUUAUCUGAUCGCAAAGAUCACGAAGCAGGAUUUGAAAUUCAAGUAUUACUUAAUGAAGUAGAGUCGUUAGUAACAUUGUCAUCGAACGACUUUUUAUUAAUAAAAAAGAAAAUAUCUACCUUCCACCGAAUGAUGCGUCCUGCAAGUGAUACGACCAACA